GGGACGCGCGCCAAAUAGGUUAAAUUUUUGUGAAAAGAAAUCUCUCUUUAUAUAAAUUUUAAGCCCCGUUUUUUUGCUCCAGACUUGAAGGUGCUUAUAUGUUUCCACAAUGAGUUCCUGUGAGGAUUCAUCCCUCCGCGCAGCCUCCCCAGAAGAGGACGCUGAUCAGACGCUGAUUUCUGCGGACGGCAUCUCUGCAGGGACGUCGGGGGCCUGGGAUUCUGGUGACUCAGCUGCUGCUGACCUCUCCAACAAGUCAGAUAUAGUCAACGGCAACAAAUCUGAUGCAGGCGAUGGCAACAAGUCCAAUAUAAGCAACAGCAAUAAAUCUGAUGCAGGCGACAGCAACAACAAGUCCAAUAUAAGCAAUGGCAACAAAUCUGACGCAGGUGACAGCAACAAGUUCGAUAUAAGUAAUAGCAAUAAAUCUGACGCAGGCGACGGCAACAACAAGUCCAAUAUAAGCAACGGCAAUAAAUCUGACGCAGGCGACAGCAAUAACAAGUCUGCUACAAACACUAGCAAUAACAAAUCAAACCUCAGCAGCAGCAGUAAAUCGGGCAUAAGCAGCAGCAACAACAAAUCAAACACAAGCAACGGGAGCAGCAAAUCAAACCUCAGCAGCAGCAAUAAGGCAGAAGCAAGCAGCAGCAAGAAGUCGGACGUGAAUGGGGUCGGCAAGUCGGGGAGCAGCAGCCUGGCCAAGAAGAAAGAAGCUGCCAGCAUAAGCAAUGAGAGGGUCAAGAAGAAACCCCCCCUGCGAGUGGUUCAGUCCCGCUUCAAGGCGGCUGCAGCUGCAGCAAAGAACAACAGUGGGAACAGCAGCGGCAGCAGAAACGGGUCGAACAACAACAGCAGCCUGGGCAGUCCCAGUAGUAGGAGCGGCUGCCUGAACACCACCCUUGUAGGCGGGUCCACGACUUCUCUUGCUGGGACCAAGGGCCCCACCAAGGGGAGGCCAGUCAGAGCAUCCAUGGCACCAGCAGCAAGUGGGCCGAUCAGCCGCUCAACAGUAAAUAUUGCAAAGACAGGGGUCUUGCCCAGUCGUGCCCCAAAUAAGUCUAGUCCACGUACGCAGGUCAGCCAGUCAGCAACUAAUCUUGCAAGCCACGGGCCCACAGGGAUGACACGCCCUUCAAAACCCAUGGCUGUGCGAGCCAACAAACACAAGCUGCAUUCCACAGUCCUCAAUGCAACAGUCCUUGGGGACAAAACACACAAGGAGGACUCAAGUAAUGUUUUUAGCACAACGCUGGUAGGUGGAAUGGCGCCAGGUGGUCGUAACCUAGAUUUGACGUGUGUCACCUUGCCUGAGCUCCCUGACAUAUCCGCCAUUAGACUGGACAGUGUCAGCAACGAGAAUAGGAGUGGUGACGCUACUGUUUUGUCAGUUGUCAGUGAAAAAGACUCCACGCAAGACAGCAAUGACUGCAGCAUGCAUGAAGUAACAGCCGAGGAACUGGAGCUGGAAUACCUGCGUUACAUGCAGUGGGCACAAGUGAACCUUAGCAGCAAGAGUGUCUUCCUAGAUCAGAUCAAGGAUGCCGAGACACAAAUAAUGUUCUUGGAGCAGCUGAUCAGUGAGAAACAGAAUGAGCUGAGUGAGCGUAGGCAGAUGACCGAGUUAGUUGUUCACCACCAGCAUGUUGCAGAGGCAAGGCAGAACCAAACAGAGUUACUUCAGAGUCUUAUCGAUGCCCUUCCAGCCAGUGAAGAAGCCAUGCAGACAAUGAGCCGAGAAUUAGAAAAAUCAUUACACCAGGUGAAGAUGGAUAACCUCUAUGUACCGGAGAACCACAAACAGUACCGAGAUCAACUGUCCGAUGCUUUGACCGACCAAGUUUCCCUUCUGAAAGACUUGGAAGGCCUGUUAGAUACCCGUUCUAACCACCUUCAGUCAACCAUCAGCCUUCUGGGAGAACUGCAAAACACAACACAUCGCAUACAACAGUGUGAGAACGAAGUCCACAAGGCAGCCAGACUCUCAGUCCAGGAAGCAUCACUGCAGAUUGGGGCCAAACAGACCCAAGAAAAUGGAACUUCGUCCCACGAUGACGACAGCUUCAAUUUGGUGAUUUCUGCUUAAUGACCAAACCCAUUAACAGUACCAAAUACCACAUCAAAAAUAUUGUUUAGGGUGGUUAAAAAUGAGCCCUUCAGCCAUCCUUGUUGCUUAUUUAUACUCUUGUGUAUUAUUGUUAUUUUUUCUUUUAUUUAAUGUGAGGUAUUGAUGCAUAACUGUUGCUGCUUUUAGAUGCGCAUGCUUUGCUUUUGUCACCACUGGAAAUAUUGUUUGUAUGCACAGGUCUCUACAAUAGCUGCAACAGAGUAAUAAAAAGCAAUCAGAUUUAGACCUGACUUUUGUUAUGCUGAUACAAGAUUUAUGAAUAGAAAUUUAUCUUCAAAAUACUGACAGUGGCAGGGAAACUCAAGGUACAACAAUAGUUAGUAUAGAGUGGCUUUUUCUACCAGGAUAUCAGCAUUCUUUACAGACUGCUUUCAAGGGAAGAUUUGUUCAUUUGGUUGGGAACAGAGUGAAUCCUACAUAAUAAUGAUUGCUCAUCAGUCCAGGUAUUCUUUUGAAAUCAUUAAGAUAAAAUGGAAAAGUACAGCUAAGAAAACUCUUUUCCUGAGCUUGUCAUGCAGUGAGAAAGUGGAAUACUCAUUUUACAGAUACAGAUAUUUAGCUUUGUUUCUGGCUUUUAUCCGGUUUAACAGCUCUUCCAAAAUAGAGUGUUUAAAUGAAUAUGUGUCCAUUGACCAUACUGUAUGUCAUUGCACAUGUGGCUUGGGUUACUUGUCUCUCAAAAGUAAGGAAAUAGGUUUCCAGUUUUGCAUGAGGUUGAUCUGUCAGAUUUGGAGAUGCAAAGUCAUUGUAUUAAAAUAUGAUUUGUAUGCAUUUUGUGCAUAUAGUGACCUGACAAUCAGACAAGAAAGCUAACAUAAACAAGUGUUAUGCAUUCCAGGUUACCGGAAUUCUUCACAGAAAAAAUAUUAUAUGAGAGAAAUAAUGAAUUAAACAUAAGCGUUUCAAAUAAUAUAUUUUUGCAACUUGACAAGAGAGCUGAGUAUAUAUUUUUCUUCAUUUGUAGAUAAGACAUUUUGCUCAAAUGUAAGAAGUAUUUUUCAACGUUCUUGUUUGUCUAUAUUUUUAAUAUGUAAAAAAAAAACUAUUCUUAUAACCUUCUCUGCUUUCGCUUUCCAUCCUCACAUUCACAGUAUAUAGAAUCAUUCCAUAGAAUUGUUUAUAUCAAACUAAUAACUGUCUUUGGGAUUAUAUGCGAGCAUAGUUGUUAUAAUAAGAAAAAAAAUAAAAUACUUGU